AUUGCUCCCCGCGCCGGGCUCUGUGUCGCCGCCGUCGCCUCGGCGGUUGGGGAUCCGUGGGGCGGCGCGGGCGGGGGGCGCUGCGCGGGCCGGCUCGCCGCUGUUUUGUUUCCUCUUCUCCCACUGGAGCGGCUCGGGCUGCCGGGGAGGCCCCGGCUCCCUCGGGACGCCCGGCCAGCGGCGGCGGCGGUGCUAGUCCUCGGCCCUGCCGGGAGGGAAAGCGACGCCGUGGUCUUCCCGGGCGACGCGGAGAGCAGUAGUUCCAAAGAACUGCUGGUUUGUAUUUUAGCUCUUGCCAAGUUGUGAAAAUAGUGAAGGAUGCUUAGACUACUUAACAUUCAAAUUGCUCUCUGGUUAAUCAUCUUUAGAAGACUGGAUUUCUGGAUAUCUACUUCACUCCAUGUUUAUUGACUUUUAAAACAUGAUAAUGCAAAUCUAUAACAUUGGCAAUCAUCCAUGAACCUUUACAUUAUAUUGGUUAAUAGCGUUUGAAGCUUCCUCAGGGAGUAAACAAUGACAUCAGCAGUGGUUGACAGUGGAGGUUCUGUUUUGGAGCUUUCCAGCAAUGGAGUAGAAAAUCAAGAGGAAAGUGAAAAGGUUUCUGAGUAUCCAGCAGUGAUUGUGGAGCCAGUCCCAAGUGCCAGAUUAGAGCAGGGCUAUGCAGCCCAGGUUCUGGUGUAUGAUGAUGAGACUUACAUGAUGCAUGAUGUGGCAGAGGAACAAGAAGUUGAGACCGAGAAUGUGGAAACAGAACUUAUUUUCCCCCCAGUGGAAGCAUCAGUUCAUAGCAGUAAUGCACACUGUACAGAUAAGACCAUUGAAGCUGCUGAAGCCCUGCUUCAUAUGGAAUCUCCUACCUGCUUAAGGGAUUCAAGAAGUCCUGUGGAAGUGUUUGUCCCUCCUUGUGUAUCAACUCCAGAAUUUAUCCAUGCUGCUAUGAGGCCAGAUGUCAUUACAGAAACUGUAGUGGAGGUGUCAACUGAAGAAUCCGAACCAAUGGAUACCUCUCCUAUUCCCACAUCACCAGACAGCCAUGAACCAAUGAAAAAGAAAAAAGCUGAAAGGGCUUCGCAGAUUACCACAUCCUCUGCAAUAGUUGGCCGUAAACCAAAGACCCAGCAAUCACCAAUUUCCAAUGGGUCUCCUGAGUUAGGUAUAAAGAAGAAACCCAGAGAAGGCAAAGGAAACACAACCUAUUUGUGGGAGUUUCUCUUAGAUCUACUUCAAGAUAAAAAUACUUGUCCUCGGUAUAUUAAGUGGACUCAGAGAGAAAAAGGCAUAUUCAAGCUUGUGGAUUCCAAGGCUGUCUCUAAGCUUUGGGGGAAGCAUAAGAAUAAGCCAGAUAUGAACUAUGAAACUAUGGGACGAGCUCUGAGAUAUUAUUACCAAAGGGGUAUUCUUGCAAAGGUUGAAGGACAGAGGCUUGUAUAUCAGUUCAAGGAUAUGCCCAAAAACAUAGUGGUCAUAGACGACGACAAAAGUGAAACUUGUAAUGAAGACUUAGCAGCAGCUACUGAUGAAAAAUCAUUAGAACGAGUGUCACUGUCUGCAGAAAGUCUCCUAAAAGCAGCAACCUCUGUUCGUGGUGGAAAAAACUCCUCUCUAAACUGCUCCAGAGCAGAGAAGGGUGUAGCUAGAGUUGUGAAUAUCACUUCCCCUGGUCACGAUGCUCCAUCCAGGUCCCCUACUACUACCACAUCUGUGUCAGCAACGGCAGCUCCAAGGACAGUUCGUGUCGCAAUGCAAGUACCUGUUGUAAUGACAUCGUUGGGUCAGAAAAUUUCAACUGUGGCAGUUCAGUCAGUUAAUGCAGGUGCACCGUUAAUAACCAGCACUAGUCCAACAACAGCAACCUCUCCAAAGGUAGUUAUUCAGACAAUCCCUACUGUGAUGCCAGCCUCUUCUGAAAAUGGAGACAAAAUCACCAUGCAGCCUGCCAAAAUUAUUACCAUCCCAGCUACACAACUUGCACAGUGUCAACUUCAGACAAAGUCAAAUCUGACUGGAUCGGGAAGCAUUAACAUUGUUGGAACCCCGCUGGCUGUGAGAGCACUUACUCCUGUUUCCAUAGCCCAUGGUACACCUGUAAUGAGACUAUCGGUGCCUACUCAGCAGGCAUCUGGCCAGACUCCUCCCCGAGUUAUCAGUGCGGUCAUAAAAGGGCCAGAGGUAAAAUCAGAAGCAGUGGCAAAAAAGCAGGAACAUGACGUGAAAACUUUGCAGCUGGUACAAGAAGAAAAACCAGCAGAUGGAAAUAAGACAGUGACCCACGUAGUGGUUGUCAGUGCACCUUCAGCUAUUGCCCUUCCUGUAACUAUGAAAACGGAAGGACUAGUGACGUGUGAGAAAUAAAAUAGCAGCCCUACCACGGACUUAAGACUGUUAGUGAUAGUACUAACAUAAAUACUUGCAAGGGAGGUCAUCAAGAAGAGUCAAAAGAAGACUUUAAAACAUUUUUAAUGCAUAUAAGAAAACAAUCAAACUUACUGGAAGUAAAUUACCUAUCCCAUGUUUCAGUGGGAAAUGAACUACAUACGGAGAUGCUGACAGAAAACUGCCUCUUACAGUAGGAAACAACUGAACCCAUCAAUAAGGAAAAGGAUUGAAAAGGGACCAAGCAACUCACUACAAUAUCAAGUUACACUAAGACUUGGAACACUAACAUUCUGUAAGAGGUUAUAUAGUUUUCAGUGGGGAGGGGUUGGGAUGGGUGAUCUCAUUGUUACAUACAGCAAUUUUUGAUGCAUUUUAUAUGCAUACCAGCAAUUAUUACUGUGUUCACACAGAACUCACUUAACUGGUGCUACGUGAAGACUGCUAAUAUAGGUAUUUUAGAAUGUGAAUUGAAAAUGGAUCCAAAAGCUUUUCAGAAAGAUAGCAAAAAAGAUCUAGUGCGAUUUUUUUUUUAUAUCAUAUAGCUUAAGCUGAUUUAAAACAAAGGCCUUAGACUAAUUUUCAGUUUUCUUUAUCGAAAUAAGCUAAUGGCUUGUUUGUGUAAAGCUUUUUUAUUAAAAGAAAAAUUUUAAAAAUCUUGUACCUAGCACAGUAUUGUUAUAGAAUUUACAUGUAACAUUUUAUAUGGUAGUUUAAGUCUGUCAGUUUCCUAAUUGUGGACAAAUUAACAGUUGCUCUGGCCUUUUGCUGUAACCUGCCUGUGUCACUCACUUAGCCCUGGCAUCUGUGCAGACAUAUCAGUUCCAGUUCUACUGUCACUUGGAAGUUCAGGCUCAGCAUGAAUUUUUGUCAGGUAGCUCUAAUACCUGGUGUUUUUGUUUUUUUCCUUCCUUUCUUUUCUUUCUUUCUUUUCUUUUUUUUUAGUUGAAGUUUAAGAGGGAAAGUACCAGUGUUCAGAUUUGAACUAUAAUAGUUUGUAUAUUCAACAUUUGAAGUAUAUUCUAUUUUGUUGUACUCUUGUUUCAAAGUGUAUUCAAGUAGGUUUUCUGAAAUAUAGAAAUGAAAUUUAUGUUGUGGUUUGGUGUCUGGUGAUAUUUAUAAUAUUCAAAAGCUAGUAUAGAGACACUGUUUUAGUUAAGUAGUAGAAGUCUUAUUUCUCCUUCCCAACUACCGUGUGAAGAAAUAUUCCUUCUGUUUUGUUUCAUUACAUUAAUAUUUGCAAGUAUCUGCAUGUUGCCACUUAAUUUCUAAUUACUGUCAUGAACUAUAAUGUUCCACUUACCGUGAUGAGUUUAUUAUUUUAAUGUUGGCCACACGUAAAGAAUUUCUAUUUCAAAUCAGACCAGUUAUUUCUCAAACAGACCUUUUGAGGGUUAGGAUGAACAAGUAAUACUCUUGCCCUUUUGCAAAUUAGGAAAUGGAGGUAGGUACCAGAGGGAUUACAGGAGUUUCCUAAUUUCACACCAAACUAGGUCCUAGGACUCCACAUCUUCAUGUUCUUUCUACUACAAAGAAAAGUUGUCUAUUUUUACAUCUUUUAGAAAUUUAAAUAAACUGAUACUUAAUA